AUGUGUAGCCGCGAGAAGGACGUACCUGCGCUUGCUAGCGACGCGAAGGGUGUGGCAGAUCGCCGUCCGGCCGCGCUUGCGCCGUCGGUGGCCCCAUCUCGCCCCCCACUUACGACGACCAAUGCUAUGGCUAUUGAUUUGAUGGACACAGCUCCGGAAACCUUGAAGACAGCGCUGUCUGCUCCGCUCCCCGAUUCUGAAGAUGAGAGCUCCACCGCCCCUCAGCCACGAGGACGAAGCGGGAAACAGAAGAGGAGGGCAACAGCCGCAACGUCCGCUGUUCGCAGCUCGCCGAUCGAGAAGAGGGCCAAGCAAGAUUUCGCCCUUGACGCCGAUGGUUUUGUCCCGGCCCGGUGCACUGCAAGACGCAUGCUGUCUCCGACGACGCUUCCAACUGCCGUCGCCAACUCAUUCGACGCGCUCGCUGACGCGCCGGACCAGCUGCCGCGCGAUCCUGCGCCGAAGAAAGACUCCCAUCUUGCGCCGGUGGUCCUCCAGUUUCGGCCGCCCUAUGGGGAACUGCAGAAGUUGUUGCGCAGCUGGACAACGGCCGUGUACACCGUGAAGCCUGCCGGGCGUGACUUGUACAGGGUCACACUCCGCACUGCUGACGAUUAUCGCCGGGUCACUCAAGAGGCGUCUGAGCGUGGUACCCCAUUCUAUACCCACGCUUCCGCACCUGACAAGGUCUUGAAGAUUGUAAUCCGCGACCUCCCGUUCAACAUGGAAGCCGAUCACCUGCAUCGUGAACUCGCUGACCUGGGCUUCUGCAUCCGGGCAGUCGUGAAGAUGAAGUCGCCUAAAUCACGCGAUGAUAUGCCGCUCUUCCUGGUCGUCUGCUCCAACACCGUGGAGAACCGCAAGCUCUACCAAUUGACGCGGGUCGCCGACGUUCCGGUUCAGACCGAAGAUCUUCGCUCCCGGAGGGGACGUGCGUGCCCCCGUCCGCCCACCGAGACGCCGACAUGUGCACUCUGUGGCGGUGCUCAUGUGGCCAGUUAUCGUGGGUGUGAGGUGUGGAAGCGUGCCAUCGCUCGCCAACGUGGCCACACACCAGCGCCACGUCCGAAGAAGCCAGCAACGAGACGGCCCGGCGUCUCUUUCGCGGCGGCAACGUCAGGGGCGCCCUCCACCGUCCCGGCUGCGUCGGCUGCUCCUGCCGCAUCCGCGGCCGUGCCGACACGUGAGGCUCCUGCGCCUCCACCACAGCUGCUAGUGGCGGACCCGGGUACUGCCUCUCCCGGGACGUCGGCCGGACCGCGCCCCGCCAACCGCCGGCGCGGGGGUCACCGCCCCAUGGGUGCCCAGCGCUCAGCACCGUCAGUCGAGCAGCCCCAGGUGGACUCUCACAGCGAAGCAGCCACGCCUCCCUCUUCCAGCGACGGGAUCGCGCCGGCUGCCUCCACCGCUGACCUGGCCAACCUCGUCGCGCAGCUCACUGCCCUGGUGACCAGUGCUACAAAGUUGAUCGAAGUCCUGUCGCAGCAACUCACCGCUGCACCGCCCAACAACACGACCACAACCAGCACGAAACGAACUGCCACACGCGCCAUCAGCUGCGCUCCCACACUCCGCACGCAACAAAAGGCAUCAAGGAAGGGGACCAGGGCCCCGCAAACGCCAGACGAAGACGGCUUCGUGAGGCCGAAACGCAAGCACACCGCCAGGGCGGUGGCGCUCACAACAGCUGACAACAUCGACACCAUCAACCGAUUCUCCGACCUCACAAAGGAAGGUGGGGCGACCACCGACAAUCAACAACAGAAGAAGACGCCCCUACCUCCGUCUAUUGUCAUCCAACACACGUGCGCCUUCAAAACUUCUGAAGAGAAGAUAAAUUCGGUCGUGAAGGGCAGUAUCACAACUGGCUUGACAGGACGCGAGCUGCAUAAGUUGUCACAUACAUGA